AGGAUUUGUGGAAAGGUUGGAGGAGAUCAGGAGAGUGGAAAAGUCAUUCGAUUUUCCGCCAAGAAAAAAAGAGCAACCAAAAGGCUGUACGGUCUCUCUCUCUCUAGCAAUAUCAGAUCCGUGGUUUUGUGGAUGCUGCUGCUUCAAUUAGUUGAAGAAACUUGGAAGCUGAGAACCUGAGAAUAUAAUCUGCUACUUUUGUUGUUGCGGAGCUCUCAUGUAAAUAUGUAGAAGUAGUGAGAUCCAGCGAUGGAGUCUGAAACGUCGUCGUCGGUGGAUGAACAGGUGGUUGCUGGACGAGGAGGAGCUGAUACCAGAGGCAAGCAUCGUAUUCUCGCAGAACUCAACCGCGUCGAGCAAGAAAUUAAGUUUUUAGAGGACGGAUUGGGGGAGCUUCAGGGAAUAGACAAUGUAUCAACCAUGUGUGAGGAGUUGCUUCGCAGGAUCGAGACUAUACCCGAUCCUCUAGUUCCUUUAACAAAUGGCCCUGUGAACCAAGAAUGGGAUCGAUGGUUUGAAGGACCUCAGGAUUUACAAGGAUGCAGAUGCUUGAUUCUCUAAAAUUGUGGUGAGAUUUGUUGCUGCUUUAGGCUUCAAAAAUACAUUUAUGCAGGGGAUGAAUUAGCGUGUUAGACUUCAUUGGUGCCAACUCAAUUGAUUCCUACAUUGCAUAUAAUACCAUUGCUUUUAGGUUAAUUGCAAGGAUCGUACAAUCCGCGAUCGUUCUUGAUGAGAUUUGUUUAAUUGAAUACAUUUGCUACUUAGAUCCUGAGCUUCUGAAAAGAUAACACUUGCAUCCCCAAGCCAAGCAAGGCAGAUUGGCUUCAUCUA